AGUACUCACAAAUAACAAGUUUUGAUGAUUGAUAUGAUGAUUAGCAGAACACAACUGUCAAAUUAUGUUUCUGUCAGCAACGACUCACUUAUAUAACACAUUCAUAUGCAUCAGAAGCUGAAGCACAAAUAGUUGACUCAUAAUCAUGUUGACUCCACAGAGAAGUUUACUCAAGGUCAUUGUUCUUGGUGAUAGUGGGGUGGGGAAGACAUCUUUGAUGAAUAAAUAUGUGUACAACAAGUUCAGUCAACAAUAUAAAGCAACAAUUGGAGCUGAUUUUGUGACAAAAGAGUUGCAAAUUGAUGAUAAGCUAGUUACUCUGCAGAUUUGGGACACGGCAGGGCAAGAGAGGUUUCACAGCCUUGGCGUCUCGUUUUAUCGAGGGGCGGAUUGCUGCAUUCUUGUUUAUGAUGUUAACAUACACAAGACAUUCGAAACACUCCAGACCUGGCAUCAAGAUUUUCUUAGACAGGCUGAUCCGAUUAAUCCCGAGUUAUUUCCAUUUGUGCUGCUGGGGAACAAAGUAGACGUCGAUGGUGGGAACAGUCGAGCAGUCUCGGAGAAGGUAGCCAGGGACUGGUGUGCUUCCAGAGGAAAUAUACCGUACUUUGAGACAUCGGCGAAAGAGGGCUACAAUGUGGAUGAUGCAUUCCUGUGUGUUGCGCAGACUGCACUUGCUGCAGAACACCAUGAUCAAGACAUUUAUUUUCAAAGAAUCCCUACGACGGUAUCGGAAAUAGAAGAACGACGGGGAGGUUGCGCAUGCUAGAGCUUGUGAAUGCUUAUGGUAGAAUUCAAACGAGGUGGAGGCAUUGACUAUUGAGUAUUGAGCAUUACUAACUUCCAUCCUAGCAUUCUCGAACAACCUUGUAUAUUUAAUUUUUUAAUUUUGUGCUUUCUAAGUUUCGAACAGUUGUGAAGAGGAGGUUUAUUUGUUCUGGUGGAUUUACUUCGGAAAACAAGAGCAUUAAUUACUAUAGAAUAUAUUUACUUUGUU